AGCGUCGACGCCACCAUGCCUGGCCACGUCAUCAAGAGCACCGGGCCCGACCCCGACCCCACCGAGUUCCUGUUCGUCUCCUUGGAACAGAAGCGCAUCGACCAGACCAAGCCUUACGACCCGAAGAAGUCCUGCUGGGUUCCUGAUGAGAAAGGUGGCUUCCAUGAAGGUGAGAUCCAAGGGACCAAGGGCGAUUUGGUUACUGUUUCCAUCCCUGGCGGUGAGAUCAAGAAUUAUAAGAAAGACCAGGUCGCUCAGGUCAAUCCUCCCAAGUACGAGAAAUGCGAGGACAUGUCCAAUCUGACUUACCUUAACGAUGCUUCCGUCCUGUACAACCUGAAGACCCGCUACCAGGCCAAGCUCAUCUACACCUACUCCGGCCUUUUCUGCAUCGCCGUCAACCCCUACAAGCGUUACCCCAUCUACACCAACCGCACCGUCAAGAUCUACCAGGGCAAGAGGCGCAAUGAGGUGCCUCCCCAUCUCUUCGCCAUCUCCGACGGCGCCUACAUGAACAUGAUUCAAG